UUGACUUGCAAAGGCCGAAAACUUAAAUGCGAUGAGGCAAAACCGACCUGUGAUAACUGCAUGAAAGCCUCUCGGGAUUGCACUUAUGCAGAGCAGCCUAUAUUUCGUAGUCAGGACAUUCGUUCAACGCCAAGGCGCAAACGAGCAAACAGUGCCAGUUGGCAAGAAGAACAACAUCCCACCAUGUUUGGCAAAAAUCACACCUGGGUUGAGGUUCCAAGCAAGCAAGCAUCAGUCACCUUUGUCCAAGUUGAAGAUCCUUGGGCACCUGAUGAUGAUACCAUUGUGGAUGCACAAGAAUAUAAUACGGAUAGAGGGACAGAUACUGGCGUGGAAAAUGCCGACUCUGGCUAUCAUGAAAUGUCAGACUACGGCUCUGUCCAAUCUCCCUCCUUUCAACGUGCGGCAGCUCUAGAUGCACCCCAGGAAAAUACUCCCCCCAUUUACCCUUCCGAAAACUUAGAUCUUAGCCCCUUCAAUAGGGUUAUAGCUUCACACUUACUGCGACAUUUUCAGCAAGGCCCAGGUCAGUGGAUGGAUAUCUUCGAUACAACGGCUUACUUCUCCUCAAGAGUCCUCGUGCUUGCAGCAUCGAGGCCACUAUUGAAAUCCGCAGUGUGCGCUCUUUCUGCAAAGCAUCUACGGCACCUCUAUCGGCUUCUGCACCUUUACGCAACGACUUCGACAUGGCAGUAUCAAUCAGCAAAACAUUACGACCAAGCCCUUGGCCGUUUGAAAACAGCCAUAGACAUGGAAACAUAUAAUAAUAGCCCUUCUGAAAAGGAAGAGAUGCUUGCUGCCGUUGCCAUACUCUGCACCUUCGAAUUGAUGGACGCUCCUGGUAGUGCUUGGAGAGCUCACUUGGGUGCUCUACCCCUCUUCGAUGAUAAUACCACUUUCAUGCCAGCGCAAUCAACCAUCAUAAUUCCUAGAAUGGCUAUAAAGGUACCAAUAUUCUGGAGACUCGCAAGACAAGACUUGCUAUGUGCCUUCAUAAGCGAGACUCAGACCCGACUGGAUUUGAAGGACAUAUGUCUCUGGCAGAAUGCAGGUCUAGCAACUGAUGAGCACGGAGCUCUCCCACAUAUCCACAAUUCUUCUGGUGUUAAAGAAGACAUGAAAAGCAAUGAGCUCACGUGGAUUCUUGGUAAAAUCGCAAACCAUCUGACCGCUGGAGAUGCUCUGAUUGCCGAGGAUUCCGCAUUACCUCCCGGGCAACAGCUCCCAAUCGGGAUGAACCAGGAGUAUCUUUCAAACCGAUGGAACAUGUUGAUGACCGAGUUAGAUAACUGGCAUGACUCUCUUCCGCCAGUCUUUACCGCGAUUGCUCGUACACGGGCAUGGGGCUGUGCUGAUCCACAACACACGCUCACUUUGGAUGCUUUCGAACAGAUUUGGUUUGACUUGCCACUAUGCGCUGCAACAAUGCAAAGCUAUCACCAGGUAAAGAUAUUGUUAUUGGCAAAUGAGCCGCAAGAGUCUACAGCUAUCCGGUCAACCGUAUCAGCGCGCUUGAGGUCUUAUCGACAUGCUCUCAGGCAGGUUCUCUACCACGCCAGGGAGAUCUGUGGCAUAAGUCUUGGAAACUCGGGAGAUUCGUUUCGGAUCAACUCCGUGCAAGCCUUGUUUGUCGCUGGACAAGUCUUCCAGGAGCCCCAUGAGCAGGAUGCGGUUCUUGAAAUACUCCUUGGAAUUGAAAGAGAUCUCGGAUGGACGACAAUAUACCAUGUGGCUAAGCUGGCCGAUGAAUGGGCAAGAGGAAGUGAAGUUAAUCACGUUGGUCGGGCUGAGCAUCGGGAUGGCCGUAACUGCUUUCUUCCAUAG